AAAGGUUUCUCUACUGGCAGAAGUUGCUAUGAUAGACGGAUGCAUAUGUCCGGUUAAAUCGGUCUGUGUGGUCUUGUGAGACGUCGAUACGAUGGUGUCUUUCAGUUAAAGAUAAAUGAAUACGGGUGGCGUAGAGGGUAUAAAUUAGUGUUUUGUUUACAUGUGUCAUAGCCGUAAACAAGUCUGAGUGUCUCUGUCAAGCCCCUGGACGGAUCAGCAUACGUGGCAUACAGCGGUUGCAGUACCAUGUAGGGGGGCUCCGUGUGUCUUUCGUCAAAUCGCGGGGCAUUGUGGGGCGGAGGCGGCCUUUUCUCUCUUCAAGUAAAUAACGUUAACGGGGGGAGGAACAGCGCGAGCGACGAACCCAACACAUCAAUACUGUGUUGCGCUUAGCCUUAACAACUAAUAACACUUAUUUCUUCACAAAUAUGGGGCAGGAGGAUCUCAUGAACACAGCCGAAGACGUGGCAGACCAGGUAAGUUCAAUUGAAGCACGGCGGUUGAUAACGGCAGCCGCUGUUAGCAUCUUAGCUGCUAACUCUUCAGACUCGCGAGCGUUUUCUGAUAACAUUCUGGUGUUUCGCGUGACCGUUUAUAAAUACCAACGUUAACUGACAUGACACCGCUUUAAGUCGGUUAUUAUGGGUUUUAAUUAGCCUGAAAAAUCGAUAAAACGUGUGGUGCUGACAUGUGUACCCUGGUAGAUUAGAUAGUUAGCAUUAUUUAGUCACACACUAUUAAGUGAAACUGGUGACGGACAGCCUUUAAGGUAUAUGACAGGUAUAUAUAGAUUUGCAACCCUGUCGAUUUGUAUCAACGCCGUUCAUAAUAGCAUUACUGUGAGUAUUAGACAAGGUAGACAGUGCCAGUCAUUAUUGUGAAAUCACUGAGCUUAGCCUCAAAGUUACAUGGUAACACUGUUAGUCAUAUUAUAAUUUUACAGGCUAACAUUUGGUAUUAUUGAAGUCUUAAUGUGUUGAAGUAAGUUUAUAUGAGGCUUGGAUAAAGAGGUCUUAUUGCACACCAAAGCUGCAUAUGAACCUUUACUUUGCUGCUUAACCAACAGCUUCUCUUUUGUUAUCGUCACUAGUUAAACAGGGGUUUUCUGUUCCUCUGUGACUUCAAUGAGUGCAAAUAUCUGUAGGAGCUAGGCUGAGGUGUCAUGAUCAGAUUUCAGAUCUCCCUUGACUCAAGUUACUCUGAACUUGGACUACCCCAGAGAUUUGCUCUUGUUUCCUUUUCAGUGUCCCUUAGAGUUAUUGUUAGUUUGAUAAGAGGCAUGUUUACCACAGUGUUUAGUGCCUUGUGUUUGAACAGGACAAGCUGGACUUUCACUAUUGGCCUUCCCAUUGAGAGAGUACCAAUGAUUGACACAGUUCCUAUUAUAAGUUACCUGUGUUGUCCAAAAGAAAAGGGAACCUGUAACGUCUUAAACACUUCCUCCUUUUAUCAUUUUCUGCUGACAUCUCUCCCUAAGGAUCUUGAACAUGUUACUUAAAUGUUACCCUACAAAAUGGUCUAUUUCUAGGCUGUUGCGGUAACCUUGGGCUUCUUCGGAUUGGCUCCAACUUAGUCCAUUCAUGUCCCACAUAACAGUCGUAGUGGGAGUUGGUGGACGCUGAUAGGCUGCUGAGGUCUGACAGUGCUGAUGUGGACUGCAGAGUAGGCGGGGAAGGGAAGGGGGCAGGUCCCUGCUUCUCUACUCCUGUGUCACUAUAGUGUCUGAGGGUCUUGUCUAUAGAGAUUCUGCUUGAGUGACAAAUUUAGUGUGUCAAUUCUUUAGUUUUAGCAUACUGUGUACUUUUGCUACACACACUUAAACAGGCCAUUUGGGGCUGUGACAGAGAGACAGACUUGUUAUUGUCAUGAGAUGUUCAAAACAUUUUUGGUUUUCAUGCAUAUAAACUCUUCAAUUUCUUCUUUUGCAAACCAGUCAUAUGAUCAGUCAGUCACUCGUUGUAGCUUUUCAAAACUGAUCAUAAAAAGAGAACAAGUGUCACUGUUAUCUUGGACUUCCUCAAUAUUUUAUGAAUGUUGUAAUUUCAGUUGUAUUUGCCUCAAGAUACACAAGAUUUGAUGUUUGAUUGAAGCUAAGUAAAUAAACAAGACUUACAAGGAGAUACAAACACAAAAAAUGACAAAUAUAUAUAUAUAUAUAUAUAUAUAUAUAUAUAUAUAUAUAUAUAUAUUACUUAUCUACUACAUUAAGUUUACUUUUUCAGGCAAAAAGUCAAACUUGAUUGACAACUAGCACAACUCUUGCCAUUGCCUCAGGCAGGAGUUACCCUUUCUCCUACUUUACUGUCUUCAUUAUUUCCAAGGAAAAAAUAAACUUAAACACAAAGUUUAUCCAAAGCAGCAAAUCUCUAAAUAACUAAGAUUAAGAGCUGUGCUUGUGUGACUUGUUGGUUGUCGAUGUAAAUAUGAUUGACUUCUUUUCCUUUUUAUAUAUCUGAGCAGAAGCAGAGCAGAAUAAAUAGUCAAGAUUGUAACAGUCGUGUAACAGAAGUUGUAGUUUGGUUAUUAAAUAUACCUUCUAAGAAAACAACAUCUUCGUUGAAACCACAUCCUGUGAUCUUUCUUUCAGUCAUUUCCUCUCUUCUUCCUCUGUUAUACAGUUCUUGCGGGUAACCAAACAGUACCUGCCCCACCUGGCGCGUCUUUGUCUCAUCAGCACCUUCCUGGAGGACGGUAUCCGUAUGUGGUUCCAGUGGAACGAGCAGAGAGACUACAUUGAGGCUACUUGGAGCUGUGGCUAUUUCCUGGCUACAUGCUUCGUGCUGCUUAACCUCAUAGGACAGCUGGGUGAGUGAAUGGUUGGGUUAGAGUCCAAGCACUUUUGAUACGUUUUUGUCAUCCAUAAAGUAAUUUUUUUUUAAUCUGCAGAUGGGUACGUCCAGUAUACUAGUGUAAAAUGUAGACAGAUAUUCUGUUCUGUUACGGUAUUGAUGGCACUUAAAGAUGAUGAAGAUGUCACUCAAAGAAACAACGAUCGAUUUGAUGCACAAAGCAUGCUGGGUACAUAUUGAGGCAGACCAAUCUAGUGGCGCCACUUUUUCACACUUUUUGGUUUUCAUUUGGUUGCUUGCUCAUAUUGUUUGCGCGUGUCACGCUGUGCACAGAGAAGUGAUUUCUCUGUUUUUUGCCAUUUUUAAUAACGUGAAAAGCAGUGCGCUGAUAUCGUGACAAUAUCGUGAAUCGUGAUAUUUUGGGCCACCAGUAUCGUGAUAUCAUAUUUUUCAUAUCGGCACAUGCCUACUCUUAACAGGUCACAUUUAAUACUUUUUGUUUCACUUAGUAUCGAACUCUGGUAACUUCUUUAAGAGGAGUUAGUAAAAUAAAGGUGAUAAAAUGUUGAAACUUUAAAUGCAGUUUAAAUGCAGAAAAAUUUAGAAGUGGGAAUUGUGUUUUUAAGACCAGUUGUGUGUACAGUUUGCAGAUAGUUGUACAAUAAUUACACAGUGAACUUUACUUCUGUGCUGUAAACCACCUUACUGAUUAGAGGAUGCAGGAGAAACUUGUUGAAGGACAGAAAAGCAGCACCCAUUUUUAACAGCAAGAUAAUUAGACUGGAGUGGAAGUGAAACUACAUCCCCAAGCUACUCAAACUUCGAAGCAGACGAGCUGUGAGGAAGAAGUUUGCAUACUGCACACCGAUGACGGCAUCAUCAAAAAAAACAUAGCAGGGAAAGUGACAAGUAGAAGUCAAGUUUCUCAUGUGAUGGACAGAAGACGAAACUAAAAUCGGCGCAGGCUGUAACCACCAAAAUGUGACAGGACACUGGGAAGUUUGUGAUGAAAGUCAUGUGCUUUGUAGAAAUACUGGACCAAACACUCAGAGUUUUUCAGGAGUGUAUAAAUCCUGAGUCUUUACAUCAGUGAUUCUCAAGUCCAGUCCUCGAGGCCCACAGUCGUGCAUGUUCUGGUUGUUUCCCUGCUCCAACACACCUGAUUCAAAUGAUCAGCUCGUUACCAAGCUCUGUAAUGGCUUAAUAACGAGCUAAUCAUUUGAAUCAGGUGUGUUGGAGCAGGGAAACAUCCAAAACAUGCAGGACAGUGGGCCUCGAGGACUGGACUUGAGAACCACUGCUUUACAUGAUCAAGAAGCACCUGUAACAUGAUGUGAACUGAUUAUUGGCUUGAACCUAUUUACUUUUCUACUUCUUUAAACAAGUGACACAAGAUCCCAAGUGAAAUGUGAAAAAAUGAGCAAUAACUUCAUGUGUAUCAUAUUUUUUCAGACAAAAAAAAAUCAUGAAUGCAUGUUGGUCCACUUUUACUGUGAUUGUAGGUUGUGAGGUAGAGACUCCCCCUGGUGGAAUUUGCGGUCACCUGUGUCGGACGUUUAUAAGUCAGCCAGGAAUACAUAUAAACAUAAAUCCAUGCACAGCAAUCAAAGCAUGUGUACAAACAUAAAUAAGGCCACAGAAUCAGCCGACCUGAUGUUCUUUUCCAGAGUUUAGAGGCUGUUGCUGGAAAGGUACUAUCACCUCUGUAUUUGAAAUGUGCAGGCGCAGAUAAAAAGGCCCUGAUCAGAUGACCUAAUGUGAUGGCUUCUAGGGAGAGAGCUCAGUAAUUCAGUUAUGUAAGAGGGAACAAGGCCAUGCGGGGCUUUGUAGGUGAUUGAUAAGAUUUUGAAACUUUCCCAGUCGAGUUGAUUAUGUGAGGUUCAAAAUUCACCUGCUGGGCGAAUAGAAGACAGAGAUUCUUCACUGGGGUUUAGAGAUUGCUGUUAAGGGGUUCGAUGUAAAGGCUUGACCAAGAACAAGGACAAGGACUUGUGUUUAAUCAUGAUUUAGAUAGAGGAAGUUCUGGGACAUCCGUUUUGAGCUAUGAGUCUAUUGUAAGUUUUUGAUGUGCAAAUCUACACACUGAUCUGCUAACAUUUUACUCCAGUGACAGAAUUUUACAUAGUGCGUUUAAGUGUUUUAAUGACAUGAAUAGUUAUGAUUUUUUUUUUUUAGUAAAAACACAAAUCAAAGCUUACUGUUGCAUUUGUGAUCAUAAAAGAAAAUGGAAAAUAACAUGAUUACUUGUUUAUGUGACGGCAUCUACAUCGCGUGCAUCUGUUGAAAACUUUGUGACAUCUGCAACUCCAUCACAUUCUCAAAUUUUGUUGCCCAUGGACCUGAGCUACUGAUCAUUUACUACAACCUGCCAGCUCUUCACUACAAAUUGAAAUGAGAUCCAUGUGGGUGCAAAGGCAGAGCGUACACUGUUCAGUGAAGGGAGGGAGGAUGCACUACAUUCACCACACAGGACAAAAAAAAGAUCCACACUCAUCAUUUAAUCUCAAUCCGCUUGUUUUCAUGAUCCUGGGGAGACAAAAUUAAAGUUGAAAUUGAAACACGAUAAAUUUCCCAGCCCUGGUAUCAUCAUAAAAAAUUAUAAUUUCUCUAUGUUUUUCCAAACAGGUGGUUGUGUCCUCAUCCUCAGUAGAAAUUUUGUACAGUAUGCCUGCUUUGGACUGUUUGGCAUCAUAGCUCUACAGGUGAGAACUUCAAUAUAAGAUCACACUUUUUGAUCACAUGUUAUUGAUUUGGUCUGAAAUACAUUUUGUUUUUAUCCCAACAGACGGUUGCAUACAGCAUUUUAUGGGACCUUAAGUUUUUGAUGAGGUAAGUUACUCUCACUAUAGACAUCAAGACAAAUUUGUGGCAUAAAACAUGUAAGACACAAUGCAGAAGUUGAACAUUUCUGUGAAGGAUUAUAGAUGAUGAUUAGUUGAUCUUAAAUGUACUUUUGCUGCAUAUUUGAUUUGGUAGUAGAUAAGAAGGGAUCAGAGUUGUCAAGCAGACACCAACAAUUCGGAGUAAUUACAUCGCACAAGAUGUGAUUUGUAUACACAUUAGUAGGCCAGAUGAGACAAAGGCUGUUGAAUACAGUGCAACAGAAUUUUUAUGUAUUUGCAUUUGUGUGCUGUUAGGGUAAACCAUAAUAAUGAGAUAAUUCCUAGAAGUGAUCUGUGAAGAUAUAUUUGACUCCACGCUGUCUGUGUUGGAGUUGAUGAAUGAGAAAUAAUCAUCCCCUUUCUUUCUCCAAGAAACCUCGCCCUAGGUGGCGGUCUGCUCCUGCUACUGGCCGAGUCUCGUUCGGAAGGAAAGAGUAUGUUUGCCGGAGUCCCCUCCAUGGGGGAGAGUUCGCCGAAGCAGUACAUGCAGCUGGGUGGUCGGGUACUGCUGGUCCUCAUGUUCAUGACUUUGCUUCACUUUGACUCCAACUUCUUCUCUGUGAGUACUGACGUCAUCAGUCUGUAUGACUCAUCGUAAACUUCAGACAAAUGUGGUGACACGAGUGAAGACAUUAAAGAUCUGCUCAUAACUUCUGAAAAUAAGCACUUAUCAGCCAAGUCAUUGUGACUACAAACAGGUGAAGGUGAAGGACACUCCUUCCAACUCUUGUUGUAGAUAAGCGAAUCCAAUGAUUUAGAGACUGUGUCAACAACUGAGUUUUUCUUUUAGCACUGUCAGUGUCAUUGAGCCCAAUUUCAGAAUGAGCAGGUUGUGGAAGUUGUGAAAGAGGACUUCAGCUUCCCCUUGGUAGUGACUCAGUCUAUUUUAAAAUGCUCUGUAUGCUUCCCCCUUUGCUUCCAUUGAAUUCCUUUUUAAGAUAAUGUAAAGUAAUUCAUAGUUAUAGGGUCAUUAGCAACAGCCAGAGACCCUGGAAAUUGCACCUUGAAAAACAAGCAUGGUCCCCUGAAGGGAGACGUUCAAAAAGUUGAAAUUGGAAAUCCUGCGCCUUUUUGAUUAGUAUUUUUUGGGAAUAAAGAAGUGACAAAAAUUGAGGUAUUUUAAACUGAAAGCUAACAGACCAAAACCUGAAUUUUAUCACAAGCUGCUGUUCAGAGAUAUCAUUCAGCUUUCUCAAGCCUGAAUCUUUCUAACAUCAGAACUAUAUUUGAUCAUGAUAUGGAUUAAUUGCACUAUUGAGCCUGACUUAUUGCUCAUGCUGAAGAUUGCCACAGUCUCUUCAUCCUCGUGUUUUCACCGUCACUGAGCUUUAUCAGAUACAUGCACCCAGAGAUACAUUUGUACAAACCUACCUCUUCUCACUUCUCUCCCCUCUCCACGUGUGGUGGGGUCAUGGGCUGCAAAGUCUGUCUGAUAUUUGUGGGGAUCAAAGGUGUGGUCCUACAGAGAAGCUAAUAAAACUCAACUUUCUGGAAGUUUUGACGAGUUCUGAUAGAAUGGUGUCACAACACACAGGCUGCAUAGUAACAGAUCCUUCAAGAUGCCGAUACCGACCUCCGUCCACCACAGACGGUGCAUUUUAAUAGGCAUCUAUGGAAGUAAAUUUGUGCCAUCUGAUUUUGAAUUUGAAUUUCUAAAGCUGAUUUUUUUUUUUUGCAUUAAAAUCAGACUUUGAAAUUCAAAACCUUUGAAUUUCAAGCACGCAUUUUUAUUUCUGACACUGUUUUUUCACAAUGAUGAAAUAAAUUCAGUGUAAAAAAAGGUCUCUCAAAAAAAUUUGUUAAGUAAAAAUUCUAUAAAAAAAAAAACUGUAAAAAAAAUUCAACAUAAAAAAAUAUUCAGUGUCAAAUAAUUCAGAGUAAAAAAAAAAAUCAGUGUAAAAGAGACCGACUCAACAUCCGGGUAACCAAGGAGAAGCAAUCGAUUCCUGGCUCAAUCAUCCAUCGUCCAGCCAAUCAAUUAAUGCUAGAUUGGUCAUGUGACACAGACCCCAGUAGAAGAUUGAAUCCAAUCGAUUGCUUUUCCCUGGUUACCCGAAUGUUGAGUCGGUCUCUUUUAUGCUGAAUUAUUUGACACUGAAUUAUUUGAUACAGAAUUUUUUUAUGUUGACAUUUUUUUGCACUGUUUUUUUAAGUCGAACUUUUACUAAACAAAUAUUUUGAGAGACUGAUUUUUUUUUUUUACACUGAAAUUAUUUCGUCUUGAAAAAACUUAGUGUCAGAAAUAAAAAUGUGUGCUUGAAAUUCAAUGGUUUUAAAUUUCAGUCUGGUUUUGAUGCAGAAAAAUUCAGCUUUAGAAAUUCAAAAUCAGGUGGCACAGAUUUACUUCCAUAGGCAUCAGAUUUGAACUACAGUGCAAUAAAAGGUAGUAGUGGCCUGAAAUAACAAGAAGUUCAAGGCUCUACUUGGACUACUUGGAGUUUCCCAGAACCUGAUUCAAACCAGUGUCAGCAGCAUGUGUGAAGCAUAUGAGGUCUAUUCAUUUGUACAAUGAUAGCCUCUGUUCAGAAAAUUGCUGUGUUAUAACAUGUUCACCCUUUCACAGAUCCUGCAGAACAUGGUUGGGACUGCCCUCAUCAUCCUCGUGGCCAUCGGCUUCAAAACCAAGCUAGCUGCACUGACCCUCGUCGUUUGGCUCCUGGCGAUCAAUGUCUACUUCAACGCUUUCUGGACCAUCCCCGCCUACAAGCCCAUGCACGACUUCCUCAAGUACGACUUCUUCCAGACCACCUCGGUCAUUGGCGGUUUGCUGCUGGUGGUGGCGCUGGGACCUGGAGGAGUGUCCAUGGAUGAGAAGAAGAAAGAGUGGUAGAUAAAAAAAACAACAACAAGGGGUUAAGAGAGAGGAUUGCACCGCACCACUUCCCCCACCAACUGGGGCACAAAGACCCUCCCUGUACUCAAGUUCCCCCUCAUCAGGGUACACUUUUUUCUAGGUUUUUUUGUUUGUUUUUGUUUUUAUUUUGGCCAAAUCAGAGACACAACCACAUCCAUCUACGGACAGUUAUUUUUCUAGUUUUAGCCAAACGUUCAGUUUUUAGUUGUACUUAUAAAUGCCAGGUUUUUUUUGUUUUGUUUUAAACACAUCAUGUGUGUCCUCUCGUGUGUAUUUCAUAGUUAGAGUGGAGAAGUGGAAGAAAAGAUUCAUAUGCUCUGUGUUCAGAUGAAAUGAAAAGCUGAACACAAAUGAUUUACUGUGUUAUGUGGGGCAAUGUCAUGAGUUAUAAUAAAGAAACAUUUCUAUUUUCUCAGUAAAACCGAAAAUAAUGGAAGAGUGCAGCAGUUUGGGUUCAACUGAUGGAUUCUAAACUUUUUCUGCCAUUGGAUCUUAGGGUGUCUGAGACUUUCUGGCAUUACUGAUCCUGAGAACUUAUGCACUGAUUUGACAACAACUUGCCUUGACUCUCCAGGUUUCAUCUCCCUUUUUUUAUGUUUUUUUUCUGCCUUCCAGUACGUCUGUACACUUACAAUCUCUACUGACUUUAGUUCACAGGGGGGAGUCGAAUCCUAGGGGGGGACGUGUACAUUGUGUACAAAGUGGUGGAAUGCAGUCGUGCUUGAUUGAAAAUUUCAACACAGUUGUUAGCUCCAGGACCUGUUAAUGGGCACUGUACGUCUGUGGCAAACGCCAAACUAGUGAACUGUAUAUGAUCGGGGAUAACAGUGGGGGGAGGCUCAACGUUUGUGAAACACCAUAUUCUGCGAUCUAGAAAAAAAAGCAAAGAGGACUAAGCAGAGGCACUAACCCACCCGGACUCUGUCUUUGCUCAGUGUUUUUUGCCAUGUGUAAGAAAAUAAAAAGAUAUUCAGUGUAUUGAUUUUCAGAAGUUUAUAUUGUAUUUUUGAUCAUUUGUUUUUUGAUUUCGGAAGUUCAUGGCGAAGAAAUAAAAACGCAAAAACAACGGUCAAGAUUUUUAGCUCUUUUUUUUUUCUUUUUACCUUCCAUCAGGUGAACAAGGAAAAUCUGGAGUACCAAUGUGCAGUCCACUUAAAGCGAUGUGGGGAUGUGCUGGAUAAGAGAGCCUCUAAAGUAUGGUAUUUGAAAGGUUGUAUGUAUUCUACCUUCCACCAUGGGUAGCCCUCUGUGUUUUUAAUAUAAUGCAUCAAAUUUUAUAUAGUGCUUUAUCAGAGACCCUCAAAGCGCUUUACAUUGGAUACAUGAUUCAUUUGCUCACACAGUCACACCUUGGUGGUGGUAAACUAAUUUAGUAGUCACAGCUGCUCUGGGACGAGUUUUCGCCCACGGUCUCUCUGACCACCACCACACAACACUCACAAUCACACACCAGGGGAGGACACACACUGGGAGCAAGGUGGGUUAAGUUUCUUGCCCAAGGACACAGCGGACAGACUCAGGAUAGGGGGGAGUUGAAUCGCCACACUUCCGAUUAUUGGAUGACCACUCUGUUUCCUGAGCUACUGCCGCCCAUAAUAUUUAUGGGCAACAUUUUUCACCUAAGAAAAACUCAGGCUGAAUUUCUUUUUUUCUUUUUCUUUUUUCAGCAAAAUGUAGCAAAAUUUUAGUACAAAAUAUUUUUUUUGUUUUAAAACUUUUGAUAAGUGAACAAAUGGAGGCUUUUAUGGUAAAUUACCACCAGGGGGAGACAAACUAUAUUAUUGGUACAGGAAUAAUUUGGGUUAUGGCACUAAUUAAUCACAUUUGGUCAACUACGAAUAUAUUUAUAAUUUAAAACAGAAAUGCAACAUAAAAAAACAAGAAUUUGUAAAAUGUGAUCAUUUGUCGAAUAAAAUUACUAUAUCCUGUCAGUGUUAAUUAAGUACGCAUGAAAGCCAAGAUCUUUUUCUUUUCAUUAUAUCAUCAUGCUAUUAUAGUUGCAUAAAUAAAUGACAUGAUAAAAACAAAAGAAAAAAGUAUAUAAAGAGGUACAUUUAUGUAUAGUUGCAAAGUAGGAUGGUUAUUGUGGACAGAUUCUAAACAAAAUAGUCGUUAAUUCAUAUGAAAAAAAAAACCACUUUUCAGUAAUGCACCCUAACAGACUUUUAUAAUUGUGUACAUAUUGUAGGUCGUUGGCAUGAUCUUAAUAGCUGUCACGCCUUGUUUUCACGUAUUGUUUUGACUUCUGUAUCUUCACAUUUAAAAUCCAUUAUGUCAUCUUAACAAGCUCUUGAUUUAUUCAACAUACAGCCUGCGUUGCCGCGGGUAUACCAUCAUUAUGUUGCAGUUUCCUUUAACACCACAUGAUGGUGGGCGACCUACUUUACUCCGGGAGCACCAUUCACGAAAAAGCACGGUCCGUCUGCUGACUGUGACCGGAAAUUAUUGUUCAUUCGUUUUCAAAAUAAGAGACUUCUUUACCGUGUAUGUGGGGUGUGUUAAGUUUAAGUUGUGUUGGUUUUUGAUUUCGCACCAUGAACUGACUUUAUUCUAUCAGCAGCGCAUUUAUUUGUCAUAUAUGCCUUUAAAAUGUGAUUUUAAACUGCAUAGUUACUGUGUUUACAGCAUGUUUCUCUUAAUGGACACAGGUUUAAGCAAGCAGAAUGAAUGCCCAUGUCAACUCAAGUAGUUUUUAACAUAAUACAGAGGGCUAAUUACUUUAAAUAUACUAUUUUUUUAUUCAUUUAUCAUUAUUUAUAUUUAUUUAUAUUUCUAUAUUCUAUUUAUUAUACUGAUUUCACAAUAAGGAAUUCAGGGACCUUUCUCCCUUUCUCUGUAAUGUAUUGAUAAAGUAAAUGAUUCUGUCACAAAUAAUAAAAUAUAAUAGAUUUUUUAAAAA